AUGAUACGCCAUGAUGAUUGUUUAAUAAUAUCGAACCUUUGGUAUUUAAAAAAAUAUUGGAUUAAAAUAAAAUUUACGGGUGAAAAUGAUCAACACUCGGAGGAAUUAACUUGCACUAGAGUUACGUUGAUACCAAGUGAUGGAAAACGCGGAAAAUGUAGUCCAAACGUUAAUUUAAAAAGCAUCGUUGAUUACACGUGGGAACAUAGGUUUUACACGGGACAAUUAAUUGCCGUACACAUCGGGGGUAGAUAUAUAGCUUACGGUUUAAAAGCAGGAGCAGCGGGGGGUCAAAAUAAUGGCGUUGUCAGAGUGGUUAAUAGAAUGACGAGUCAGAGAGGUCUGAUAAAAGGAAUGGAAGGAUUAAUUCAAGACAUAGCUUUUGCUUAUAUCGAAUAUCAAGUGUGGCUUGCCAUCGUCGACGAAACGGGUAAUCUUUUUGUGUACAUGGUAGAAGAAGAUGAAGCCACGAAAACGUUGUCGUGCAUGCUCGUACUACAUGUUGUUCAUAAUAUCAAGCCGGAACCCGGUUGCAAUCAUAGGAUCAUAUGGGUACCUUAUAUGCCUGACGAGAAUGAUGAUUCGAAAGAAUACGGUGACAUUGCCAAAUUGUUAGUUUUAACUUUAGGAUGUAAGGCAGAAUUAUGGCAUGUGGCUGCUGUGAUUGCAAGGUACGGCCCGGGUCCUCACAAAUCCGAAGACUUGGAAGAGGGUUUAUUAAUAAUAGAAGAACAUACUAAAUCUAUAGUGGACGCGACUUUUUCACCCGAAGGUAGUGCUCUUGCUACCGUUAGCUUAGAUGGAACCAUAAGGUUUUUUCAGGUUUAUAUGCAACAAAAACAAACUCCUAGAUGUUUGCAUAGUUGGAGACCUCACGAUGGAAAACCACUUUCUUCAAUAUUUUUUUUAGAUAAUCACAAAUCUCACAAUCCAGAGUCUCAUUUUUGGAAAUUUAUGAUUACGGGCGCUGAAAAUAAUACAGAAUUAAAAGUUUGGGCUUGCGUUCAUUGGACUUGUUUACAAACGAUUCGAUUCACUCCCGAUGCAAAUUCGGGGAAAAAAACAGGAAUGUAUUUGAAAGCGGGAUUAGAUUUGGGAGCAAGACAUUUACUUUUAUCUGACAUUUAUAAUCAAGUAAUUUAUGUUUUACGAAUAUAUGUAGAUCCAAAGGAAACAAUAGCUUUUAUUUGUUCAGCAUCAGAAUUUUUAAUUCCAUUUUCAAUAUUAAGUUUUGGAAUUGUUGAUGCUGGUACGAGACGUUGUAAAGACAGCAUUUUUGGCAUUGAUCAAGAUGAAGACGAUGACGAAGAUGAUCCGGAAGAUGAUGAAGUGCAAGAGUCCGUUGUUGUCCUCAUGUAUUUAGUACAACCGAAAUCAAUGCAAGAAUGUUGCAUACGGUUCGUACCUCCUCCUCCGGAGAGCGACCUUUUAUUGAGCACAAUAAUUCGUGACAAUUUAGUUUCCGAACAAGGAUCGAAAAAAGACAUGGAAUCUUUACUUCCCGAAAAUGAAAUUUAUAGUAAUACAAGUGGUUCUUCGAUUCCAUUGAAUCUUAUGACUCCAGAGGAAUUUAGCAGUACGGCGAUAAAGAAAGAAGUUGAAGAAUUUCCGUCGGGACAAAAAAAUUCUGUAAUUAACGUAUAUGUUUUUUCAUCAUUUUCGCGAGAUGUUUUGGUAAGCGGAGGCAGUAGUCCGAGUCGGGAAGUUCAAGAAAUUUUAUCACUUCAAAGUAAUAAUUCCGGGAGAGAAGUUGAAGAUUUAAUUAAUUUGCAACCGCCGCAGAGACCCUAUUAUUCGGGUGGUGAAAUGUCAGACGUUGACGUAAAAAAUAAGGAAAGUGAAAUAAUAGAUUCAUUGGAUGCAAAAGUUCAAUCGAGCAACGGUUGGCCUCAUUUGCCAAUAAUUAAUUCAACCGAUGAUUUACCUAAAAUAAUAAACACCAGGGUUUCUCAAGAUAAAUGUGAUGGAAAUCCGGAAACAUUGUCCGAUCCCGGCCUUUGGAAAUCCAAUCAAAGAAUCGAAGUGACUUUAUCAACAAUAUUAGCGUCGGUACAACAACAGGAAGCACAAAUUAGGGAAUUAAGACAAGAAAUAUCUUUAUUGAGAUCUCGACAAUCGGAUUCCGUAUUGGCAUCGCUUUGUAAAUCAGCUUUAGACCAACACUCGAUUAUUUUAGAAGAACAAUUAGCUAUUAGAGACAGUAAAGAAAGGGAUAGGCAUGAAAAAUUAAUGUCGGCAAUUUCCCAAGCCGUUAGUAAUUUAAUAUCGACGAAAUUUGAACAAGUCAUUUCAAAUGAAGUAAAAGAUAGUAUAUUGCCGGGUAAGAAAAAUUUUAAACCGAAAGAAAUUUUUUUUUAA